AUGGCUUCCAUCCCUGUUGUCGUGAAGCAUCAGGGCAAGAAAUAUGAAGUAGAUGUCGAUCCCGAAUCGACAGGCUUGGACUUCAAGCUCCAGCUCUUCAGCCUUACCAACGUCGAACCCGAACGCCAGAAGAUCCUCAUCAAGGGUGUCCAGCUCAAAGAUGAAGCUGAUAUGAGCAAGUUGAACCUCAAGGCUGGCCAAAGCAUCAUGAUGAUGGGCACGCCAGGAGGUGGCGCUGGAGACCUGGUCCGCCCGGCAGAGCAGAUCAAGUUUGUCGAGGACAUGACCGAGGCCGAGCAAGCCCAGCAAGCUGGCGCCACCCCAGCCGGCCUUAUCAAUCUCGGAAACACAUGCUAUCUAAACUCGACUCUGCAAACGUUGCGUUUGAUUCCCGAACUUCAGACGGCCCUGACAACGUACAGCCCACUGGGGGGCACCGCGCGGGCCGACUUGGCUGCCCAGCUCUCCAAUCUAUACAAGGACAUGGGUAACACGCAAGACUCUAUCCAGCCUUUGAGCUUCCUAUCGGCAUUGAGGCUCGUGUUCCCCCAGUUUGCCGAAAAGUCCAAGAGCGGCCCUGGAUAUGCCCAGCAAGAUGCUGAAGAGGCCUGGUCUCAGAUCGUUCAGCAACUGGGCCAAAAAGUCACAAUCAAGACUACCCCCGAUACACCCAGCAUUUCUUUCGUCGAAAAGUACAUGGCGGGAGAGUUCUCCUCAGUCCUUGAGUGCGAUGAGGAGGAGGCCCGAAACGGUGGCGAGCAAGCAAUAGCCUCUAGAGAUGCCUUUUACAAGCUCGACUGCCACAUCGAUAGUCAGACAAACCACUUGAGGGAUGGCAUCUUGGCCGCACUGAGUGAGCAGCUGGAGAAGAGAUCAGAGGUACUCGGCCGAGACGCCACUUACACCAAAAAGUCCAAGAUAUCCCGAGCUCCCAAGUACCUCACUGUCCACUUUGUGCGCUUCUUCUGGAAAAAGGAAACAAAGAAGAAGGCCAAAAUCAUGCGCAAGGUCACAUUCCCUCAAGAACUAGACAUUGUCGAGUUCUGCUCAGACGAGCUCAAGGAGGCCCUGAUACCCGUCCGAGACAAGGUCCGCGAGGUUCGGAAAGAUGAAGAAGACAUUGAACGUGCCCGCAAGCGCCGGAAGAAGACCCACGACAAGGACAUGAGCGACGUCCCUGGCGGCUCGGGUCUACCCUCGGAGAGGGAACUGAAGCAGCAGAAGGAGAAGGAGGCAAGCAAACCAGGUCAGCCGCAGCAGGCGGAUGAUGCCGACACUGUCAUGGGUGAGACUUUCAAGACGGACGCCCAAGUCGAGGCGGAGAGCGAAGCUGCUCUUCUCUCCGCCAAGAAGGAGCUCAAUGCCCUGAUAAAUCCCGCUCUGCGCGAUGACGACGGUGCCAACCAGUCAGGUCUCUACGAGCUCCGUGGCGUCGUCACCCAUCAGGGUGCCAGUGCCGACAGCGGCCACUACACGGCAUACGUCAAGAAGACGGGAACCGUGGACCCCAAGACGGGCAAGAAGGAAAAGGAAGACGGCAAUUGGUGGUGGUUCAAUGACGACAAGGUAUCCGAGGUGACGGUUGACAAGGUUGAAGCCUUGGCUGGCGGCGGCGAGUCCCACUCAGCCUUGAUCCUCCUCUACAAGGCGAUCCCUCUGCCUAGUUCCGAGGGUCUAGAGGAGUAG